GUCAUGCUGUCUGUUGACAAUUAGCUGAAGACGAAAAACGCAUGGAAUAGUUUUUCACGCGAUGAUAGUUACUCAAAAUUAUUAAAUAAUGGCAAAGUUACACAAUUAUUUUGUUUUAUGUCCACUUAUUGAUCAAAAUAGCUUUUUAGGUGUAUCUCAGGAUCGGGACGAAGAAAAUGUCAUAGUAACCUUAGGCCGCAAUGUUGUGAAUAAAUUCAGACUUUCAGAUCAAAAACAAAUUAGCGGUUGGACUUCGAAAGAUCAUUUAACAUCUGCAGUUAUAUUUGAUACAGAGCAAGAAGCUUAUGUAGGAGUUUUUAACAGAAAUACGAUUAAAACGUGGAAAGACGAUUCUGAUAACUUAGAUAAAAUAAAGAAGUACAAGUUUUCAGUAAACAUUUUUAAGCUGAUAUCAAGAAGUAAACAGUCGUCAUUAAUUAUAUUUGAGAAUGGCAAUUGUGCAUCUCUUCCAUAUGCACUUGACAACAGAAAGUCUUAUGAAAACAAACAGCUUAUUAAAGAAUCUGAAACAAUUGUGGACAUAGCCUGCUAUAGCAUAGCAACAACUGAUUACAUUUGUUAUGUUACAAAGAACACUAAAAAUAGCUAUGACAUCAUAACAUGCACUAUCAGGGAAGAACUGGGUGAUAUGGAUAAGUCUAAAUUAAAUAAAAUUAAGGUGUCUAGAUCAGAGGAUGUUUACGUUGUUGGGGAACUUAUUAGCCCAGAAGAAAAACCCUGUGUUUAUUUUCUAUGGAGUGAUGCUAAAGUGACAGUUUACGACUUAUUGAAAAAAUCUUGGAAAACUAUUGGCACAGUGCCAUGGAUAUCUACCUCCUCCAGUGUAUCCAUCUCAUGGAUGGGACAAGAUCAUUUGAUUUUAUUUGGAAGUAACUCUGAUCAGGAUGGAGCUAUUAUUGUUGCCUAUAAUGUUAUCCUAGGAGUGGGAUCAUGUAGGUACCGUAUGAAAAUGUACUCAGAAAAUGCUAAAUUAUAUUGUUUCAAUGGCAUUAUCAUCCUCGAAGCUUCAAACCAUAUUGGAAUGCUACCAUAUGUACUAGAAACUAAUAGAAACCUUUCAAGUCUACUGGGAUCCCAUGAGAUUGUUGAAGACACAUGCGCUGAAAUAGCAGAAUGGGAUACUCCUGUAGAACCCAUAUUUAAUGAAACUGAAGAAAUCAAAGAUUUACUUAAAGUUGGUUUAACUGAAAGAGGCAUGUGCGCACAAGUUAUUCCACCAUUAUUAGAAAAAGGGGAUUAUCAGAAAGUUUUUAAAACUUCACAAGGAUUCAAAGAUAUACCAGAGUCAAUUUUAGUGCUAUUACUGAAUUAUGCAAUAAAACUGGUUAAUCCAGUAAAUGUAGAUAUCACUAAUCAUGAAGACUUGGUUAAAUUUUGUAAUUGUGACAAUGAGUCCGGUGAAAUUAAAAAAAUACAUAAAGAUAAAUUUAAAAUUCUGGACUAUUUACUUCAAGUUACAUUAAGUGAUGCUAUGUUAAUACCUUAUUUAAGAAAUAAUUUACCCCUAGAUAAUGCAUUAUUUCUUAUGUCUUAUAUAUCAUAUUUACUAGUUGAUUCUGACAAAAAUUUUAAUGCAAGCUAUGAAAGCAAACUCUUUGACUGGUGCAUCUUACUAAUGGAUGCAUUUUAUCAACAAUAUUUACUAACAAAAGAUGACAAAACCACGAGUGUUUUAAAUCAUACUCAGAAAGUUGUAACAAGUCUUGUUGAUAAAUUGAUGCAAGUUAAUAGUGCUUUGCCCUUGUUACAUAAAAUCGCUUCAGGUAAACAAAGUGAAAAUAAUGAGGAAUCAUUGUCAUAUGCUAUUGAGCUAAUUGAAAUAUAGUUUUUUUUGGUUUAA